AUGGCAAUGGAUGACAAACUAGCGAAUAAGUCGGCGACAGUAGUGGACAACUGCACAGCAGCGUCGACGGAUUCGACCUGCAGCUCACCGACGACGUCGUCAUCACCAACGACGACGGCCAUAACGAGAACGACGGCAUCUUUAUCGGAGCCCAGGCUCUCAGCUUUCACAAGCAUAAACAACAGUAAUAUCGGAAAGACGCCAGGAAAAGAUGGAGUGUCGUCAUCACUCUCGGCUGCUGUGUCGGUCACUUUUUCUAGCAUCUCGAGAUCACUUCACGAACAAGCUAGCAGUUUUCAAGCUUACCAGUCCAUGUUGAAAUCACAGCCACCUACCUCGACGCCAUUUUCCUCCUACAGUGACAUACAGAGAAAUCUACCAGCGUUGAAUCCCGCCUCAGGGUUAGCAUUUUCCCCGGCAGCGAGUAUAUUUGCUCGACGGCGACGGAAAGAAAAUAGGCCUCGUAGACAGCGGACGACUUUCACAAGUGAACAGACACUUAAACUGGAGAUGGAAUACCACAGAACCGAAUACAUCACCAGGCCUCGAAGAUUCGAGCUAGCGGAAAUGUUGGACCUGACGGAAAAUCAAAUUAAAAUAUGGUUUCAAAACAGGCGAGCCAAAGACAAGAGAAUCGAAAAGGCUCAGAUGGACCAGCAUUACAGAUGUAUGGGCUUAGCGCCGCCCGGAAGUGCCUAUUCACUCGGAUCAGCGUAUCCAGGAGCAUUCUGUGGAGCAUGUUACUACAAACCAACAACCGCUACGGCCGUGACGUCAACAAUACCACACAAUGCUGUCGGCCACCCUUAUCAACUCGUCUGAUCAACAUGUUUCCAAAAC